UUGGCAGUCGUGAUCGAAUUUAUGUCGAAACCAAAGCUGAUCGUGUUUGAUUUAGACUACACAUUAUGGCCAUUUUGGGUAGAUACACACGUCGAUCCUCCAUUCAGAAAGGAAAAAGAUGGGAAUGUUUAUGAUCGCCAUCAUGUAAAGGUCAGGCAUUAUGAAGAUGCACGACCCAUCCUAGAGUGGGUGCACGAACUGGGAAUUAGAAUGGCUGUAGCAUCCAGAACAACUGAGAUUGAAGGAGCUAAGCAGCUACUUGCACUGUUAGAUUGGAACAAGUUCUUUGUGCAGAAAGAAAUUUACCCUGGUGCAAAAGUUAAUCAUUUUACAAGGUUUAAAGAUAAGCAAUGCGUGGAGUUUUCAGAGAUGAUUUUCUUUGAUGAUGAGCACAGGAAUAUUGUUGACAUCAGUAAACUUGGUGUCAUGUGUGUGCAUGUCCCACGUGGGAUGAGUUUCCCCAUUUUGGAGAAAGCAAUGCAAGAUUACAUUAGACAUCAUAAAAGCCAUCACAAGAAUGUAAAGUCGUGACAUUUUUCACGUGUGAGUGGAUAAUAACAGCGAGUUUAGGCAUAAUCUAAACUGAAGGCUAUCA